AUGUGUGAAACCUAUUGUGAAACCAGCCAUUGUCACAGCGGUUCAUUUCAGUAUUGGCCAUUUCAUCGCGUGUUUUGCCCUCUUCCCUCGUGUCCAUCCGCCAGAGCGAUCACCGUGGGUGGCAGGGGGCGCAGUCCCUGGCGCUACAACCUGCACAACUGGCGCCCCUCGACGGCUGCUCGUGCAGGCGAUGUGCUCGUGUUCAAGUGGAGGGGCGUCAUUCCCCAUGACGUGGUCCUCAUGGACUCAGAGGGCACCUAUGGAAGCUGUGACUUCGGAGCUGCUAAGAAGCUCACACGGAUCGUCAACUCCAAGACGUACAGGUACAAGGUGCCGCAGUCAGCAAGGGGCCAGACCCUUUACUUCUCCUGCAGUGUGCCUGGCCACUGCUCGCCUGGCAACAUGAAAGUGGCCAUUCAAGUCAAGGCAUGA